AUGAGCAAGCAACCAUCGUCUUUGUUCUCAUUGAGGCGAUCCUCUUGCGAAGUUGAGAAUGAUGACAACGACGGCUCCCAGAGAGACUCCAGGGGUUUCUGCGCUCGCAAAACUUCAACUGUGCGACUGAAAGCAAGGCGAAUUCCUCCAAACACUGCCUCAUUACUGACGGUGUGGGCAACGUUGUCUUUGACAAAGGGCUCUGCAUUGGAAAAAAACAGGAGGCAAAAAAGCAUUUGCUUCCAAUCUAAUCACCAUCAUUCGAAAGCCCGACAACUGUCCCAAUUUCCUCCUCCAAUCACAAGUCUCAAUGCUGCAGAUGAACCAACUGUCCAGACACGCUCCAUUGGGGCCACCAAAGCACUGUCAAUCUUUGACGACCUCCCUAAAUGCAGCACGGCCACCAGUAGUAAAGCUGACUCCCAAUCACCUAACUACAAGCUCAUCAACAGGAAUCCAGGAAACCAAACAAAAAAGGCGGCAAGCACCACAACUGGCAACGUCGACAUCAGUCCUCUCUCAGUACACUCCUCCCUAAUCUGUCAAUUGUCUCAUUUCACAGGAGGACUUGUCACUAUCGAAGAAGAGAGAGCAUCAACCAGCGGUCAACAGGAAAAGCAACGACUACGUCCAAAAGGCGACCACGUAGCGAAACGACAGUUGGUAAUAACCACAACGACAUGGACGUCUAUGUGCUGCAUCAACCUGCCACCUCUUCCACCUUUGCCAACAACAUCAACAGCAACAGCAAUAGCAACAAUAGCAAAACCAACAACAAACCUAACAACAAUAACUACUGUGAAACAAAGCCACGUCCAGACACCUUGCAUGAGGCCACCCAUUCUCAUGGCCUUCCAUUCUACUCCCCAUGUACGUUCAAGUCAAAAGAAGCUUGCCUUACCACGUCCUUAG